AAGAUUGCAAUUACUUUUCGCGAGGUGCGGUUMGGGAUUCUCACGUUGAUGGUUGCAAGGGGAGUAGUUCGUGUUCCUAGAGAGUGAAACUGUUCUAGGGAAGGAAAGUGUUGGAGUAACCAACCGUAGACUUCAUAAAGGCGCAAACAAGAGAGGGUAGUUUUGAAACACAGAACGGGUCUGCUUUUUUUUUUCUCUUGGAUAGAAGAGCGGACUUAAGUUUUCAUCAUGCCGGUUUUUCACACUAAAACGAUAGAAAGUAUCCUAGAGCCGGUGGCUCAGCAGAUAUCCCAUCUGGUGAUAAUGCACGAAGAAGGUGAGGUGGACGGGAAAGCUAUCCCGGAUCUCACCGCACCCGUGGCUGCCGUGCAGGCGGCUGUCAGCAACCUGGUUCGGGUGGGGAAAGACACUGUCCAGACUACYGAGGACCAGAUAAUGAAGAGAGAUAUGCCUCCAGCUUUCAUCAAGGUGGAGACUGCAUGUACCAAGCUGGUGCAGGCAGCAUCUAUGUUGAAAGCAGACCCUUACUCCGUCCCCGCUCGAGAUUACCUCAUCGACGGCUCCCGGGGCAUCCUCUCUGGCACAUCGGACCUGCUGCUGACCUUCGACGAGGCUGAGGUUCGUAAAAUAAUUCGUGUCUGCAAAGGUAUCCUGGAGUACCUAACCGUGGCAGAGGUAGUGGAAUCUAUGGAGGACCUGAUCACAUACACAAAGAACCUGGGACCAGGGAUGACAAAGAUGGCAAAGAUGAUUGACGAGCGACAGCAGGAGUUGACCCACCAGGAACACCGCGUGAUGCUGGUCAACUCCAUGAACACAGUCAAAGAGCUGCUGCCUGUACUCAUCUCAGGUAUCAAGAUCUUUGUAACGACCAAGACGUCCGGCAGCCAGGGAGUAGAGGAGUCUCUGAAGAACAGGAACUUCACCUUUGAAAAGAUGAGCGCUGAGAUCAACGAGAUCAUUAGGGUGCUGCAGCUCACUUCCUGGGACGAAGACUCCUGGGCCAAUAAGAAGGAUACAGAGGCCAUGAAGAGAGCUCUGGCACUCAUCGACUCUAAGAUGACCCAGGCCAAGAGCUGGCUGGGGGAUCCCAACGCCCAACAAGGGGARGCAGGAGAACAGGCCAUCCGUCAGAUCCUGGAUGAGGCUGGGAAGGUGGGAGAGCUGUGUGCUGGGAYGGAGCGGAGGGAUAUCCUGGGCACUGCCAAAACCCUGGGSCAGAUCACUGACCAGGUGUCUGAGAUGAGGGCCAGGGGUCAGGGGGCAUCUCCUGCAGCCAUGCAGAAGGCCCAACAGGUCUCCCAGGGCCUGGACAUUCUCACGGGAAAGGUGGAAAAUGCAGCCCGGAAAUUGGAGGCCAUGACCAACUCCAAACAGGUCAUCGCCAAGAAGAUCGACGCUGCUCAGAACUGGCUCGCAGACCCCAACGGUGGUCCUGAGGGAGAAGAGAACAUCCGAGCCCUCCUGACUGAGGCCAAGAAGAUCGCUGACAUGUGUGAAGACCCCAAGGAGAGAGAUGACAUCCUGAGGUCCAUCGGAGAGAUGGCUGCUCUCACCGCCAAGCUCUCUGAGCUCCGGAGACAGGGUAGAGGAGAUACUCCGGAGGCCAGGGCAUUGGCCAAACAGAUAGCCACGGCUCUGCAGAACCUGCAGUCGAAGACCAACAAGGCUGUAGCCAACAGCAGGCCUGCUAAGGCAGCAGUCCACCUGGAAGGGAAGAUAGAACAGGCCCAGAGCUGGAUGGAGAACCCUACCAUUGAUGACGGUGGAGUGGGCCAGGCAGCUAUCCGGGGUCUGGUGGCAGAGGGUCGUCGUCUGGCUAACGCCCUGCCAGGUCCCUAUAGACAGGAGCUGCUGGGGAAGUGUGAGCAGGUGGAACAGUUGAUGGCCCAGCUAGCCAACCUGGCUGCCAGGGGCGAGGGAGAGUCGCCACAAGCACGUGCCGUGGCUCAGCAGCUCCAGGAGACCCUGAAGGACCUCAAAGAAAAGAUGCAGGAAGCUAUGACUCACGAAGUGUCGGACAUCUUCAGCGACACGACCACUCCCAUCAAACUACUCGCUGUGGCCUCCACCGCCCCGUCCGAUGCCCCUAACAGGGACGAGGUGUUUGACGAGAGGGCGGCCAACUUUGAGAACCAUGCCAACAAGCUGGGUGCCACGGCAGAAAAGGCUGCCGCUGUAGGAACAGCUAACAAGAGCACUGUGGAGGGGAUCCAAGCUGCCGUCAAGUCUACAAGGGACCUGACACCACAGGUAGUCUCUGCAGCCCGUAUCCUUCUGAGAAACCCAGGCAACCAGGCUGCAUACGAGCACUUUGAGACCAUGAAGAACCAGUGGAUUGACAAUGUGGAGAAAAUGACAGGUUUGGUGGACGAGGCCAUAGACACCAAGUCUCUGUUGAAUGCCUCUGAGGAGGCCAUUAAGAAAGACCUGGAUAAGUGUCGUGUGGCCAUGGCUAACCACCAGCCCCAGAUGUUAGUGGCAGGGGCAACUAGCAUCGCCCGGCGGGCCAACCGGAUCCUCCUGGUGGCGAAACGGGAGGUGGAGAACUCUGAGGAUCCUAAGUUCAGAGAGAUAGUGAAGGCUGCAUCUGAUGAGCUCAGCCGGACUAUCUCUCCCAUGGUGAUGGACGCCAAGGCUGUGGCUGGGAACAUCACAGAUCCAAGUCUGCAGAAGGGCUUCCUGGACUCAGGCUAUCGAAUCCUGGGUGCCGUUGCCAUUGUGAGAGAUGCGUUCCAGCCACAGGAACCAGACUUCCCACCACCACCUCCUGAUCUGCAUCAGCUGCACGUCAGCGACGAGCCCGCCCCACCCAAACCCCCUCUCCCCGAGGGUGAGGUUCCUCCCCCCAGACCCCCUCCCCCAGAGGAGAAGGACGAGGACUUCCCAGAGCAGGUGUUGGGAGAGAUGGUGAGCGAGCCCAUGAUGAUGGCCGCCAGGCAGCUCCACGAGGAGGCCCGCAAGUGGUCUAGCAAGGGUAACGAUAUCAUCGGUGCAGCCAAGAGAAUGGCCCUGCUCAUGGCUGAGAUGUCCCGUCUGGUGCGCGGUGGCAGCGGGAACAAGCGUGCCCUCAUUCAGUGUGCCAAAGACAUCGCCAAGGCCUCAGACGAGGUCACGAGGCUGGCCAAGGAGGUGGCCAAGCAGUGCACAGACAAACGCAUCCGGACCAACCUGCUCCAGGUGUGUGAGCGGAUCCCCACCAUUAGCACACAGCUCAAGAUCCUCUCCACAGUCAAGGCCACCAUGUUGGGUCGUACCAACAUCAGCGAGGAGGAGUCAGAGCAGGCCACAGAGAUGUUGGUUCACAAUGCCCAGAACCUGAUGCAGUCUGUGAAGGAGACGGUUAGGGAGGCCGAGGCUGCCUCCAUCAAGAUCCGGACAGAUGCAGGCUUGACUCUCCACUGGAUCCGUAAGACACCCUGGUACCAAUAAGAAGAGACGGGCCAACUGUCUGUUCAACAACGUCCCAAAUGGCACUCUAUUCCCUAUGUAGGGCACUACUUUUGACUUGGGCUCAUGUCUGGUUAAAAGUAGUGUACUAAAUAGGGAAUACAGUAGGUUGCCAUUUGGGACACGGAUUAUUCUGUUCCUCUGCUCAAGGCCCAGCUUGUUAAGAAGAAAAAAACAUCCAGACCCUUUGAGCAAUAGAUUUGAUGGACACAUACAUACUAAUUCCAAGCUACAAUGAAUGAAAACCCUGCCUGGUUGGGGUAAAAAGAGUGAGUUAAUACUGAAUACACUAUUUAUCAGUCAAUGUCAAUCCCAUACCUGCCUGUAAAUGGUGUUUUUAGACUUCCUAGGUUUGUGUGUGUGUGUGUGUUAGAGGUUUGCUUUUCUUAUCCAGUAAGAUUAAAGGAGUACUAUUACCAGUCUCAUUUAAACAUACAGUAGCCCCAAGUCUAAGUAAAAAUUUGAACAUUAUUAAGAUUUGUCUUGGAAGAUGUUUGUAUGUCUUUAUACUGGUUCUUUAUUUCACUAUCUGCAUUGUGCAGUCGUUCACUGUUGCUAGGACAAAGCACAUCCAACUCAAUGGGAGUUGGUUCGAGCAUAUCGMUAUGCUGAGCUCUACACGCAAAUAUAUAUGAUUCAGUGGUUAUUAUGUCUGUUUACACUAUGUUCUAGAAACGGAAAAAUAAACACUAUUCCCUGUU